AUGGAAGCCGACAUGAGUGUUCAAAUCCAUGAUAGAGCCACGUUUAUGUUCAAGUCAACCCAACCCAACCAUAUCGACAUUUGCACAAAACGAUUUACAUCUGCACUAGAUUUUAUACGAAUUAAUAAAUCGUUCAUUUUUACAUCCAAAACAAACUGCAACAUAUUUUCUUCUUUCUUUCUUUCACUGUCUUUCUUUCUUUCUUUCUUUCUUUCACUGUCUUUCUUUCUUUCUUUCUAUCUAUCUGUCUAUCUAUCUAUCUAUCUGGUUCAUAUCUAUCUCAGCCUCUCUAUUUCUAUGUCUGUUAUAUAUGUCAAUCUGUUCGUAUCUAUCUAUCUAUCUAUCUAUCUAUCUAUCUAUCUAUCUAUCUAUCUAUCUCUUUUUAUGUUCAUAUCUAUUUCCGUCUGUUCAUAUCUAUCUAUCUAUCUAUCUAUCUAUCUAUCUAUCUAUCUAUGCUUGUUCAUACCUAUCUCAACCGCUAUAUUUUUGUCUCUCUAUGUAUAUUUAUCUCUUUCUAUCCAUCAGUACCUCUCUCGUUAUCUAUCUUUCUAUUUAUCUAUCUAUCUAUCUGGUUCAUGUCUAUCUCAGUCUGUUUAUUUCUUUUUCUUAUCUAUAUUAACAUAUAUCUCUCCCUCUCUCCCUAUCUAUCUAUCUAUCUAUCUAUCUAUCUAUCUAUCUAUCUAUCUAUUUCGUUCGUUUUCCGUCUCUGUCGGUUCAUAUCAAAUUUACUACUAUUAUCUAAUACUUUAUCCUUCCCUAACUCAGUGCAUCCAUUUUUUUAGAAAAUUCUUUCAAUCUAUCCAUUUUUUUAGCAUAAUUUUAUUCAUAGACACGAUAAAACCAUUUCAUGAAUGA